AUGCUCGCCCAUCUCCUAUCUCUCACGACGAUAACGAUCUAUCUGAUCGGGAGUGCGAUAGCGAUCGAGGACGAGUACAAGGCUGCACAGCUCGCGCGUCAUCUCGUCGAAUCUGUGAAAGGCGUCGGUACAAUCUCGACAAUAUUCCCUUCCGGGGAUGAGUUAGAAGGUCACCCAUUCUCGCUAGAGGUGUACUACGCAUCCUGCUACAAUGACGGGAGUCUCACACUGCUGAGUAUGCCCAUAUCGCAAUCAUACAACAAUAUCAUCCGUGAUUCGCAGCACAGAGCUACUAUCUCAGUAAUGCCUCUCGAUGGCUCAGCCAGGGCUAGCAAUUAUCGCGUCGGACUGAUCGGACAUGUUUCAUUUUUAGAUAGUCAUACGAGUAGUGGCUUGGGGGAAGAAGGCGAGAGAUUGAGAAGCUGUUAUCUUCUAGAUCACCCCGACAGCAGCAUCUGGUUACCACCGCAUGGUGUGCCUCACCAGUCUUAUUUUGUUAGGUUCGACAUUGAUCGCGUUUGGUAUAUAGGAGGGUUCGGUAGCUCACACUAUAUUGGCUAUAUACCGCUCGAGCUUUACGCAGCGGCUGCAACUUGGUUUCCUAAAUACGUCUCACUCUCUAGUGCAACAAGCAUUACCCUUUAA